AAAAGCAGCUGAAGAAUGGUUAAAACAAACGAACAUGUUUAGCGGUCAGUAGGGCUUAAUGAUUGAUAGCUCAGCUAUGUCACCUGGCUGCAGGUAACAAUGCAGGUUUAAUGCAGGUGGUUGGAUCAGAGCAGCAUCAGUUCUCUCUCACCAGGAGUGCUUAUGCAGCUUCCAGCAGAGACUCAGCCAGAAGAGUUGGACAACCAGAGUCUACUAACUUCUGAGUCUCCUCAGCAGCAUGGCCAAGGAAAGUGUUGAGUCUGGCCUCACAUGGGAGGUGAGGGCAAACAGCCGCCACUACCACAAACACAAACAGAAGAAAUCCUUUCUGUGCUUCUGCUGGGGACGAUACGCGGACAAUGUGGUGCGCAGCCACAAGUACUCCCCUGUGACUUUCCUGCCCCUGACUCUGUUUGAACAAUUCCAGCGAGUGGCCAAUCUCUACUUCCUCCUCAUGGUGGUGUUGCAGUGUGUUCCUGUCAUCUCAUCCAUCCCGUGGUACAUCACCAUCAUCCCGCUGCUCACCGUACUCUCUGUGAGAGGGCUGAAAGAUCUUGCCAACGACAUGGCAAGGAGACGCAGUGACUCCAAGAUUAACUCCCGACCCUGUGACGUACUCCUCUCCCAGAGUUUCAGCACAGCACAGUGGAAACAUGUGUGCGUGGGAGAUGUACUGCGAAUCCGCAAAGACCAAGUCAUUCCUGCUGACCUUCUCUUCUUGUGUAGUUCAGAGCCUCACAGUUUGUGUUAUGUGGAAACAGCAGAUAUCGAUGGAGAGACUAACCUCAAGUACCGGCAGGCGCUCAGUGCUACACACAAUGAGCUGACCUCUCACCCCUCAGAAGAGACGCUUGCUGCCUUUGAUGGUGUGGUGUGGUGUGAGGAGCCCAACAAUCGCCUGUACACCUUCAGAGGCCAGCUGCACUGGCGAGGAGAGUGUCUUCUGCUGGACAACGAGCACAUCCUCCUGAGAGGAACAGUCCUACGCAACACAGAGUUCGCCUACGGGUUGACCAUAUACACUGGCGCGGACACUAAGAUCCUGAGGAACUGCGGGAAACUGCGAGUGAAGAUUACUCAAACGGAAAAAGUUUUCAACAGAGUGGUGAUUGGGAUUGUCCUGUCUGUGCUGCUGACAGCUUUGCUUAAUGCCGUCGGCAAUGGUGUGUUUUCGAGCUGGGUCAUGAGCCACACAGGGUUUAUCUCCCCUCUGGUGGUCAAUGGCAGUCCCAUCUACACAGCGUUCUUGAUCUUCUGGAGCUACAUCAUCCUGCUCAGCCCUGCCAUGCCUAUUGCUCUCUACAUCACGUUAGAGCUGAUUCACACAGUCCACAGCCUGUUUAUUGGCUGGGAUAUGGAGAUGUAUUGGCAGCAGGCAGACAGACCGGCCCAGGCCAGGAACACCUCACUGAGUGAGGAGCUCGGCCAAGUGGGAUACCUGCUGAGUGACAAAACUGGGACACUAACUCAGAACUGUCUGCUCUUCAGACAAUGCUGCAUAGCUGGGGAGAUCUAUGGUGAUGCAUCAGUCAGAGCAGAGGAUACACAGCCCAUGGACUUGAGCUGGAAUCAGUUCUCCCGCGGUGGUCUGUUGAUGUCGGCUCCCAGCCUGGUGAAGAAGCUCCGAGGACAGCAGUGCCCACUCAGCAGACAGUUCCUCACGGCGCUGUCUUUAUGUCACACUGUCAUGGCAGAGUGGAAGGAAGAGGCUCCAGUUUACCAGGCUGCGUCCCCAGAUGAGGAAGCUCUUGUUGGUGCAGCCAGGGAGCUGGGCUGGGUCUUUCUUUCCAGGACAAGAGAUUUUAUUGUUGUCUCAGAGCUGGGUGUCACUCGCCAAUAUCAGCUGCUGGCACUGCUGGACUUUACCAGCAAGAGAAGACGCAUGUCUGUACUGGUGAGAGAGCCGGAGGGUGGGUUAAAGCUGUACUGUAAAGGGGCGGAUAUAGUGAUCCUGGAGAGACUGCAGAAGGACAGUCCAUUUCAGGAAAGGAUUGAAGAAGCCUUGGAGUUGUUUGCCCAGGCCUGUCUGAGGACUUUGUGUGUUGCGGUUCGAUCUGUUCCUGAGGCAUCAUGGGAGCAGUGGAGUAAAACUCUGGCCCAGUCUGCUGUCAUGGCAACCCGUGACCGCGACACACAGCUGGAAAAGCUAUAUGAUCAGAUGGAAAGGGAUCUGCAGCUUCUGGGGGUGACAGCAAUAGAGGACCGGCUUCAGGAGGGAGUUCCUGAGACUAUUGCUCUGCUUAAACAGGCUGGGGUUAAAGUAUGGGUACUGACUGGGGACAAAAAAGAGACUGCAGUGAAUAUUGGAUAUUCUUGCAAACUACUGGAUCCUGAUACCAGGUUACUGGAAUGGGAUGAGCUGAGACAGAUACUCCAGUCCCCAGACCCAGGGGUCAAUUUCUUCAAGGCCAGACAAACAGAUCUGUGGGCUAUAGACAAGGAGAUGACUGGAGCAAAGACCGCAGUGGUCCUUACUGGACCUGAGCUGGCAGAGUUUGACCAGAGACCAGAAUGGGGGGCCACAUUCAUGAGCCUGGCAGAACAGUGUCAGUCAGUGCUAUGCUGCCGUGUAACACCUGGACAGAAGGCCGACAUUGUCACGUUGGUCAGGAAACACACCAGCUCAGUCACCAUGUCCAUCGGGGACGGUGCCAAUGACGUCAACAUGAUCAAGACGGCUCAUGUUGGUGUGGGAAUGGCAGGAGUGGAGGGAGGUCAGGCAGUGCACAACGCAGACUUUGCAUUGUCCCAGUUCAGAUUUCUGCAGAGGCUGCUACUGGUCCAUGGGCGCUGGUCUUACAGGCGCAUUUCCCUCUUCUUGCGCUACUUCCUGUUUAAGACCUGUGGCUUUGCUCUCGUGCACAUAUGGUUUGGUUUCUUCAAUGGCUUCAGUGCUCAGUCCCUGUAUGAGACUUGGUUCAUCGCUCUCUACACUGUCUUAUACACAGCAUCCCCAAUAAUGUGUGUGGCCUUCUUUGAACAGGACAUGAGUGCAGAAAGCAGCCUGAAAUGGCCGGAGCUGUACAAGUCUGGACAGAGACAGGAGCUCUCCAAUCCUAUGAUGAUGUCCUUGUCGCUCCUGUAUGCUGUCUACACAUCGCUUGUUCUCUUCUUCAUCCCGUUUGGAGUGUUUUACAACACAGCCUUGGACUACCAGACCAUGGCAGUCACUGUCUCCAUGGCAGUCACGUUCACUGCCACCAUUGAGAUUUUGCUGGUGACCAGAUACUGGACGAAGUUCAACAUAGCAGCUGUGUGUGUCUCUAUGGUGAUGUUCUUCAUCUGUACCAGGAUCACCCACAACACUCGCCUGUUUGAGAGAUCACCCAGUGACUAUUACUUUCUCGGUGCCUCUGAUAUGGCCUUCAUCGAUCCAGUUGUAUGGCUCACAGCUCUGCUCGCUGCGUGGACGGCUGUUUUGCCCUCAAUGACUGCCCGUACUCUUAAUGUCAUCCUCACCAUCCAUGACAAACACAAGGUCCACAGUGUAUCCCGUCAGCCAGUAGAGCUGAGGUCCCAGCUGAUAAGAGGAAUGUCUCUUCGCCGUUCGUCUUAUGCCCUCUCUCAGGGAGCCGGGCCUGGACGCCUCAUCACUUCAGGGACCUGCUUUCGCAGCACGGCGGCGCCGGUGGAUGAGAAGGUGACCACAAAUGACAACACAAGGCCAAAUUCAAAUGAAGGACAACAGUGAACCACCAAAUGGCUCAUUAAUAAUGACUGAUACAUUUAGGAUGUUGAUAUAGGAAAGUAUGUAAUCAUAUGGAUUAUUAAUUUAACAGAAUUGAAACGAUGAUUCAUUAUAUGUCUGUUCUUGAGUCUUUGUGGGCAAUUCUUAAUAGAGCCUGCACUCAUCUUUCGUAUAGCUACUACUUUCCAAUUAAGUAAAUUACAGAAUGUACAAAAUACAUUAUGUACUAUACAUCUUGUGUAUUGUCUUUACAUAGACUGUUUACCUUUGUAUGAAUAUCUCUGAUCUUUGUUGUUUGAGACUGUUGUGGAAAAAAAUCAAAUUUCCAUCUGCUGGGGUCUCAGGGGAUUUCCUUUGAAGAUCAAUCCAAACACAAUAAACCAACAGCACCGCUUUGUUUUACAAUUG